AUGGAGGUGGUGUUAAUUACAGGAGAUAGUGAUCAAGAGGAGAUUGUUCCCAGCAAGAAGAGUGCUAUUCUUGUGGAUGGUGUUGUGCUGAAUGGCCCUACCACAGAUGCAAAAGCAGGAGAGAAAUUUGUGGAAGAGGCCUGCAGGUUAAUCAUGGAAGAGGUGGUUUUGAAGGCCACAGACGUCAAUGAAAAGGUUUGUGAAUGGCGGCCUCCUGAACAACUGAAACAACUUGUUGAUUUGGAGUUGAGAGACAAAGGCGAACCACACCACAGGCUGUUGGAACUCUGCCAGGAUGUUAUACAUUAUAGUGUCAAAACUAAUCACCCAAGAUUUUUCAACCAGUUGUAUGCUGGACUUGAUUAUUAUGCCUUGGUGGCCCGAUUUAUGACAGAAGCAUUAAAUCCAAGCAUUUAUACGUAUGAGGUGUCCCCAGUGUUUCUGUUAGUGGAAGAAGCGAUUCUGAAGAAAAUGAUUGAAUUUGUUGGCUGGAAAGAAGGGGAUGGAAUAUUUAACCCAGGUGGUUCAGUGUCCAAUAUGUAUGCGAUCCAUUUAGCUAGAUACAAAUAUUUUCCUGAAAUUAAGGAAAAGGGACUGUCUGGGUUACCAAGAUUAAUCUUUUUCACUUCUGCAGAGUGCCAUUACUCUAUGAAGAAGGCAGCUUCCUUUCUUGGGAUCGGUACUGAGAACGUGUGCUUCGUGGAAACAGACGGAAGAGGUAGAAUGAUACCUGCGGAAUUGGAGAAGCAAAUCUGGCAAGCCAGAAAACAGGGAGCAGCGCCCUUUCUUGUGUGUGCCACAUCUGGAACAACCGUGCUGGGGGCCUUUGAUCCUCUGGAUGAAAUAGCUGACAUCUGUGAGAGGCACGACCUCUGGCUUCACGUGGAUGCUUCUUGGGGUGGCUCAGCAUUGAUGUCAAGGAAGCACCGCACGCUUCUGCAUGGCAUCCACAGGGCAGACUCUGUGGCCUGGAACCCACACAAGAUGCUGAUGGCUGGAAUCCAGUGCUGUGCUCUCCUUGUGAAAGACAAGUCUGACCUUCUUAAGAAAUGCUACUCUGCGAAGGCAUCUUACCUCUUCCAGCAGGACAAGUUCUACGAUGUCAGCUAUGACACGGGAGACAAAUCUAUCCAGUGUAGCAGGAGACCAGAUGCUUUCAAGUUCUGGAUGACCUGGAAGGCCCUGGGAACAUUUGGCCUAGAAGAAAGAGUUAAUCGAGCUCUCGCUUUAUCUAGGUACCUAGUAGAUGAAAUCAAGAAAAGAGAAGGAUUCAAGUUACUGAUGGAACCUGAAUAUGCCAAUAUAUGCUUUUGGUACAUUCCACCGAGCCUCAGGGCGAUGAAAGAAGGACCUGAGUACUGGGCCAAACUUCAUUUGGUGGCCCCAGCCAUUAAGGAGAGGAUGAUGAAGAAGGGAAGCCUGAUGCUGGGCUACCAGCCCCACCGGGGCAAGGUCAACUUCUUCCGCCAAGUGGUGAUCAGCCCUCAAGUGAGCCGGGAGGACAUGGACUUCCUCCUGGAUGAAAUAGACCUAUUGGGCAAAGACAUGUAGCUGAGGCCUUUGGUCCCCCAGAGACACAAAUCCUGUCCUGGGAGGGUUAUCAAUCCAGGGCAUCUGCAGACACAUAGUAGAUGUCAUCUUCUUCUGAUGAAAAAUAGGAAAUACUUCCAGGC